AUGAAUUUAUGGUUUUUCCUUCUUUUAACGUAUUACCAGUUCGAAACCCUGUUAGCCAUUCAGAGCACCUUCGCCAUGCUAAAGCCAACGGUGAGUUCAAAGAACGAUGAAAACAGUUGUAUUAAAUUUGGUUUGAGACUCACGUGUACUUUCAUACUCCUAAUCCUUUAAAAAUACGGCCAUCACAGGAAAAUCGUGUUAAUUAGGGGAUUAUGAAAAGAAAAAAAAACGCACGAUGAGGUCACUAAGAUGGAUAAAUAGGUUUUAGAAGCCGCAUAAACUUUAUGGUUCUUUGAUCCAAGAAAAAUAAUCUUUGCAGGCAUGGCGUAGUGGAAAUGCAAUAUUUGAUAGCAGUUCUCAUCAGAGGAAACUAAGAAGACACAAAAGGUACACACUAUCCCAACAAGAUUUGAAGGAUAUGCCUCUUCCGAUGAUUCUGAGCGGCUUGUCAGGUAUAACUGUUCCCCUGAGUUUUAUCUGACGGAAAAAUUUCAGACUCUGACAGUUGCAAUAAUAAAUUUUUUGCGAAUCUUGGCUACACAAUGGUGGCGUGUUCGAGAAAGCCAUCAGAAGAGCAAACCUGCAUAUUGACGAGAGAUCUUUGCAAUUUCACUCCGGAUUGUCCCAAUGGCGAGGACGAAGACGAACAUUUUUGUCUAUUCAAACGCUUGGUGAGUGAUGAAAUCAACCUCAAUGUCUCAUCAAUUUUGUUUCAGGAGGAUGCCGAAAUACAGUAUCUGAGAGAAACAUUAGACAAGGCAGCCAAGGCGAGAGGAAAAAAUAUCGACUUCGGUGCCGAUCAUUUCGCAUAUGAUGCCAGUCCAACAAGGAAUCACGCAACUUCAGCCGGAGAAUCUCAUCAUCGAACCUUUGAAACUCCUCAUAAAAUCCGAACCCAUCAUCAGAAAGUCGAUCCAGAUGAAGAAGCUCCGAAUAGGCUUUUUGUUGAUCCGAGCGCUCAUAGGGAGCACCAGUUGUUCAUGGGCAGUCAGAAACAGCAGGAUCACGAACCUUAUGAAGGCAUGAGACAUCUUCUUGAAGAACAGGACUACGAUGAUCUUGCUGAGACGUCUCCUGUUGACGAUGAUGACUUUGAAGAAGCCCAAAAGAACUUCAUGAAACAACUUGAAGAAGCUCCUAUCGAGUAUUAUGAACCUGAGGAAGGUCAGGAACCUGGAGCAGGAGAUGAUGAAGAGGAAGAAGAAGACGACAUUCUUCAAAUGACUAGAGUUCGUCCUCGGAGAUCGCUAAGACCUUCAGAAGACGUACAGAAGCGCCAAAAAAAGGUCGGAUCUACAGACAAGGCAUCUCUGCCUACCAAACUACAUGAAGGCGACCCGGUGGCUAUUCAACAAACGACUUUCCAGUCCGAAAAACUUGAAGAAGAUUUUCGCCAAGAGGUCAAUAAAUUGACACAGCAUCGCGUCAGGCGCCUGAGAUCUCACCAUUUACAUUCGAGAUGA